AUGAAGGAGGGGCCAGCUUCUCUGUUUGGGGCUUCAGGCAUCUGUCCCUUCCCAAGGGCCCCGGCUCCACCCACCAGGGCUCCAGUCCACUGUCUGUCUGUGACGGAAGGGGAGACGCAGGCGUCCACAGCCACCUCUCCUAUCACUGUCUGCUCUGAGUCUCUCUCUCUCCUGUUCAGAAACAUUCCACUGGUCCUCCCUGACUGCAACCACAGACGCUGCUUCUGGGUGGUCCUGGCCCAGGACUUUUCAACUGUAAUACCUGGCCCAGGAGCAGCAGCAGCAUCCCCUUGGAGUUUAUUAGAAAAUGCAAAUUCUGUGUCUCGACCUCAGAGCUGCUGA